AUGGAGUUUCAGUUCAUUUGCACAAGCAUGAAGCCACAAGGAGCUGAUGAGCAAAUCUUGAAGUUGAAAGCCUUCCCAUUUUCGUUGGCUGACAAGGCAAAGCAAUGGCUUUAUGAGUUGCCAAGUGGACGCAUCACAUCUUGGGCAGACAUGAUGAAAGCAUUUUUGGAAAAAUAUUUCCCUACAUCUCGGAUCAUCAUGCUUAGGAAGAAGAUAAGUGGAAUUCAACAAGGGCAAGAUGAGUCCUAUGCAGAGUAUUAUGAAAGGUUCAAAACUCUCAUCACUCAAUGCCCUCAACAUGGCAUGAAGAAUGAGACCUUGCUCACUUGCUUCUAUGAUGGUCUCACCAACUUGGAAAGAGAUAUGCUCGAUGCAGCUUCAGGAGGAUCAUUUGUUGACAAGGAACCUGCAGCUGGAAUGAUCUUAAUUGAGAAUAGGGCCCUGAAUCAACAACAAUAUGGCGGUUCCAAGCCCACCCAUACACGUGAAAAAGUUAAUGAGGUAAGUACAUUGGUUCAAUUGGAAGAUAAAAUUAACAGGCUUACUUCUAUUGUUUCUCAGGGAAUGAAGGGACAAGUUAUGGUAUGUGGAGUGUGCUCAAUGCAAGGGCAUAUGUCUGAUCAAUGCCCUCAACUCAUGGAAGGAGGAAACUUUGAAGGUGUCAACGCCCUAGGGUUCCAACAAGGGUACCAACGUCCAAGGAAUGACCCAUAUUCUAACACCUACAACCUUGGAUGGAGGGAUCACCCCAAUUUUCGUUGGAAGGACAAUGAAAACGCCCAACCAGCUUCUCAAGCCUUCAAUCAACGUCCUCCAGGCUUCUUCCCAAAGCCACAGGCUCCUCUAAACUCUAAUCCUUCGAAUUCUUCAUCUUCUUCUUCUAAUAACUAUGAUGAGAUUAUAAAAACUUUAACUGUUUCUACUCAGACUUUGUUGCAGAACCAAAAUCAAAUGCAAAAUCAAACCAACAAUUUGAUGCAAGGUCAGAAUCUCAUGCAAAAGAGGAUGGACGCAAUGGAGAAACAGCUUGGUCACGUGGUUGAUUUUAUGACAAAAGGCCCUGAAGGUGGUAAGCUGCCAAGUAAUACUAUUCCAAAUCCAAAGGGGGGCUUUGAAUCUGCCAAUGCCAUCACCACUAGAAGUGGAAGGAUCAUCAAUGACGUCCCCAAGGCACAAAUGAACACCACAAUGCACAUUGAUGAAGAACAGGAAACACCAAUUUCGAAGAGGAAGGAAACAAUGGCCCAGCGACUUCCAGGAUUGAAACUGACUUAG